AGGAGAAGCAAAACCACACGACUAGAGCUAAACACGACUACUGACUGCAACAGGAGCUACCGCCGCAGGAGUUCAGAACAGCGCUGAAGAGUUUAUGCGACGAUAUGGAGAAUAUAUAUGUUUAUUUAUUUAUAUAUAGAUAAUAUAUUGGACAUUGCAGGCUGUUAUGCGUAACUUGAAACUUUAACUAACUAGCUUUGUGUGUAAAGUACACUGUGGACAGAGUGGGUGGCAGUAGUUUAACCACACACUUUCUGGGCUCUAAUUUUAUUUUUACUCCUAGUUGUGAAGAAAAGACUGUUUAAUGAUUCAGGUUUAGCCCCUCAUUUAUUUUGGAGGAUUUUAAGAUUUAUUUUUUAAUUCUAAUCUGUUGUGGACUACUUUCCUGUUGAUCAUACUUCUAAUUUUGGAGAAGAAUUGAUGGUUUAAACACAGACAAUUCAGGUUAAAGUCUUUGGAGCUGAUUAUUUCUCUACACUAUUUAUUUGGAAGUGUAGUGUCACUGCUCUUCUUCAAGGGAGGUUUUGGACUCUUUUGCCCGCCCUAGUUUAUGAUACUUGACAACAAGGUGGCACAAAAAGAAGUAGACAGGCAGAAUUUUUGAGUGUUUGGAGCUGAUAUUUUAACUAAAGUUAGUUUUAAGCUGCAUAUAGGCUGAUCUUUAGUUCAUAAUGAUGCCAGUUAGGUGGUUUUCCUAGCAAAGCUGAAGCUCAGUGAUGAUGAGCACAACAACAUGCUGUUUGGGUGAAAGGCAGCCCAGGCACAUCCAGAGGGGAACAGGCCAAACUUCAACAUCUUGACUUCAACUUGGAAUUAAUUUGAUCAUUUAUCACUCAUGGAGUCGAUUGGAAAGUUCGAGUUUAACAGGAAAGACCUGAUAGGACAUGGUGCCUUCGCAGUGGUGUUCAGAGGAAGACACAAACAGAAACAUGACCUGGAAGUUGCUGUGAAGUGCAUAAAUAAGAAGAAUUUGGCCAAGUCACAGUCACUCCUGGGAAAAGAGAUCAAAAUACUAAAGGAGCUGAAACAUGAGAACAUUGUGGGUUUACUGGACUUUCAGGAAAUUUCCGGAUGUGUCUACCUCGUCAUGGAAUACUGCAAUGGUGGAGAUCUAGCAGAGUACCUGCACUCUAAAGGAUCUCUGAGUGAGGACACUAUCCGGAGCUUCUUACAGCAGAUAGCAGCAGCUAUGAGUGUGCUGAGGUGUAAAGGUAUAAUCCACAGGGACCUGAAGCCGCAGAACAUCCUCCUGACCUACAGCUCAGGACGCAGGGCCAACCCCAACAGCAUUUGUGUUAAACUGGCUGAUUUUGGCUUUGCCAGGUACCUGCAGGGCAACACUAUGGCUGCCACACUCUGUGGCUCCCCCAUGUACAUGGCUCCUGAAGUGAUCAUGUCACAGAAUUAUGAUGCCAAAGCUGACUUGUGGAGCGUGGGCACCAUCAUUUUCCAGUGUCUCACUGGAAAAGCCCCAUUUCAGGCCAGUAGCCCACAGGAGUUGCGACAAUUCUAUGAAAGAAACCGGAACCUCAGUCCCAACAUCCCACGUGAAACCUCCAGUCACCUCCGUCACCUGCUGCUGAGCCUGCUGCAGAGGAACCACAGAGACCGGAUGGACUUUGAUGAGUUUUUUCACCACCCGUUCCUGGAAGCCAGUUCAUCUAUGCGAAAAUCCUCUCCAGUGCCCAUGCCUUCCUACCCCAGCUCAGGAUCUGGAAGCUCUAGCAGUGGCUCUUCAACCUCCCACCUCACUCCCACACAGUCGGAUGCUGAAACCCAAAGACCACGCCCACCUCCAAAAAGUACACCUCCUUCUGCUUCUCAGCUGAGAGACUCGGUCUUCUCAGAGACAGAGGAUUAUGUUAUGGUGCCUGCACAGUUCACCAGUGAGACAGCAGAUCAAGGAGGACAAGCCAAUCAGGAGAGUGAGAUGCAGAGUGGGUGUUCUUUGCUGAGUCCCGCUGCCUGUGCGGGAAGGACACCUCCUGCCUCACUUUCACUCCGCAUGUCCCCAAGCCCUGCCAGGCCUGGUGAGUGCUGUGGUAGUACCUACAGCCAGUCGGUGCCUGUUCCAGUGCCUACUCAGAUCCAUAACUACCAAAGAAUGGAGCAAAAUCUGCAAGGGGCUUCCAGGACCACAGUGCCCACACAUCUCUACUGUACAGGAGGUGUCCCUGGAUGUGGUCGGAUAAGUGGCUCUCCUGAGGCAGGAUUUGUUUUGACUCCUCGCAGGCUGUCCACAGGGGGGUCCAGACCAUACCAGCCCUCUCCACAAGUGGGCACUAUACCUGAGAUGCCUGACCAGCCAGAGCCGCAGUGUAGCAGGACAGGGCAGCAAGACAUGUUCUCCGACCAACAGGGUCCUGUCUCUCCACUCUUCUCUGACCUUGGUGCCAUGGAAAACCUGACCUCUAGAUAUACAACCUACCAUCCAGACACCAUAGUACACAGAUGGGAGCUGGGCAGACGGGCUAGUUGUCCUCAGACUCAUGAGCUGGAGCCAGCACUGUCCCGUACCCGGACAAUGCCAGACCUUCAGGAUGGCUGUGUACCUCCCAGCAAUCUCAUGGAGAGAAGAGGUUCGGUAAAAAGGUCUCUGAGUACAGGCCGCUUGUCAGACAUGCUGCUGAAAGCUGUGUUUGGAGCUCAGCUGGACAAAGAGAGCUGUGAAGGCCUGAAUGCAGAGAGGCCCAUGGACAUUGCAGUGCCCCCUGGUGGUGUGGGGUAUGCAGAGAAAGGUUCAGGAAGCCCUGCUCCAGUUCUCUUCACUUUAGGCUCUCCUCCUCAUGGAAACACUCCUCCUCUGAACACCAAACACAGACGCUACUCAGUGGGCUCCUCCAGUCCUGUUAGUCCUGGCUGGACCUGCGGCCACUUUUACAAAGCCUACAACUCGCCAGACACCCAGCGAAAUACUUAUACUGACCCUAUAGCAUCUAAUCUACCUGGAGGCGUGGCCUUUGUGCCCCCUGAACUUCCAGAAGAGACACUAAUGGAGCAGGGACACACAGACAUGCUGGCCCACCUGCGCUUUACUCUGGCCUUCGUCCACUGCGUGAUAGAAGUGGCUGCAGCAAAGGACAGUGGGACCGAGCGGAGUGAGGCUCCAGAUACUAGCUUCCUGGAACAGAGUCUGGUGGCUGACCAGAUAAGCCAGCUGAGCCGGGAGUGGAGUUCUGCAGAGCAGCUGGUCUUGUAUAUGAAGUGCGCUGAGCUGUUGUCCACUGCCUUACAUAGAGCGAUGGAGGCGAUAAAGCAGGAAAAGCUCUACCCUUCAGCAUCCGUUAAACAGGUGGUACGUAAGCUGAACGAGAUGUACAAAGAGUGUGUGUCGCUGUGCCGCUCCCUCACUGCGAGGCUCCAGCUGUUUUUCAGCACCAAGCAGAAACUGAUGGACCGAUUCAAUAACAUCACUGCCGAGAAAAUCAUCUACUCACACACUGUCCAAAUGGUUCAGGCUGCUGCCUUGGAUGAAAUGUUUCACCAUGGCGAGGCCUCAGCCCAACGCUAUCAGAAAGCUCUGCUGCUGAUGGAGGGCCUCUCUCUGAUCAUUACAGAGAGAUCAGACCUCAACAACAUUAAUAAAUGCAAGCAGUGUAUCGAGCGCCGUCUCUUCUCCCUUCAGCCUGGACUGUGUCCAGCCUGAUCACCACAAGACUUCAUUCUCUUCUUCAUAUAGCCCUUAUCUCCCAUUUCAGAAGACUUUUUCAGCACAAAUUGAAGAAAAGGAUGAAGCACCAGCAUUUAAUGCAAUUGCUGGCUGGAUGAUUUACUCACGUGUUAAAUGGACCUCAUGCUUAAGCCAAAUACAGCCAAGUGUGACUUCAGCAACAAGUCAUCACAGAUGGAGAGAACUGUGUGGAAAACUGAUUUAAGGAUUAAUAGUGAUUUAAAACAUUUGUGUGUAAACCUAGUAUUCUCUGAGAUGUUUGGUGCUGCCCAAGGAGUUCAGUCUGCCUUGUUUGUUUGUUUGUCUUCUGAGAAAUACUUGGACAUGAAAGCUUCUGCCUUACCUGUUAAUAUAGAGCCUCAGUAAUAUUUGGACUUGGAGAAACCUUAAACACAUGGAGUCGAACUGAAAAGAUGCACUAUUGGAAUAACUCUGAGAAGCUCUAAAUGUUUGUUCUAAAGAUUCUCAUCUCAUCUACUGAAGAACAAUUACAGUCUUUUUCAGCAUGAUGUAGAAGGACUCCCAUUUAUCUUUAAAAUUAUUAAUUUGCAUGAUACGUGUUGGGGGGUGUGGCAACAUACAGUAUUGUGCAAAGGUUUUAGGCACCUUAGAAAAUCUGAAUCUGAAAAGCAAUAAGCGUUGUUUGCUCAAACACUAAUAUUAUGUAAGAAAUGUAAAUAAUAUUAAUACAAAAAGUAGUGCUUCUACAUCACUGUGUUCAUUAAAACAUCUCCAAAGCUCUCCUUAAUGAAAAUCUAGUAUUAUUUAUAGGAAUCGUCAUAUCAGCAGCUGGCUUGAUAAAUCAGUGCUUAAUAACGUUAAACCAUUGUGGUGAGUAUGAGAUGAUGGAAUUGAACACAUCCACUGUGGUGCUGAAUAGGGGUUUCCAGGGGAAAUCUGGAAAAAAGCCUUGUUCUCCAAACCAGCACAUAAAAUUAGUUUUUGUAUAUAUAAACUGUAUUUAUGUUUACCUGCAUCUGUUCUAGUGUGAUGUGGAGUUUCUACAACAAAUCCAUUAUUGCUGAGAGAAAUGCUUUUAAAUACUGUGAUUAGGUGUCUGAAACCUCUGCGCAGUACUGCAUGAGGACUCACAGGGAAUGUACUGCUUUUUUAUCUGCUGUUUUGAUUAAGUGGUGUUGUGAAAGGUUAGACGGGUCACGUUGUGUCAGUGUUACACAGAACAAGUUGUAGCCUACACUUCUUUUCACUACUAGACCAAGCAAAUGCACAUUUUCACAGACCCACUGUUUUAAAUAUUUGAAUAGUCUGUUAACUACCAUGUAAGAAAUGGAAACAAUACUUGAUGCUUAUUGUUGGAUAUUUGAGUACUUUGAAAAUGAAUCUACUGUACCUUUAUUAUGUAUAUUUAUAAUGAAGCACUUUAUAACGGACUAUGCUUGCUGAACACUUAGACGUCUAUUGUAUGCAUCAUCUUUUUAUGCCGGUUGUUUGUCUGCUAUUUUGCUGCUUUUGUUUGACUCAGUGUUCAGCUUUGUCAGAAAUCAAGUCUACGUGUUUGUAAUUCUUUGAUUUACUUUUGUUUACGUAUGUGUUAGGAGUGGCCUUAUGUAUGCACAAAAAAAUGCACACUAAACUUUCUAAACUAAUGGAGAGUUUUUAAAAAAAUACUUUUUUAUAUGGGGUGUUACUGUGUGUUGUUGAUUGUGUUAUUAUUCUUUUUUUGUCAAUCACAAAAACCCUAAAAACUCGAUAAUAAGCUUUUUAAAUGUGUGUGUGUGCCUGUGUGUUCCUGUGUAUACACAAAAUAAAUAAAGUUUGGUCUCAUUUGUA